GCCGCGACAACAUCAACCACCAGAAUCACCCCGACCGUCCGCCCCUGCAUCCGCGUGCUCUUCGACACGGGCGAGGUGGAGGAGCUGGAGGCGAUUGACCUGUUGCAGACGGUUUCCUUCGAGGUGCUGACGCCGAAGAAGCGUUUCCUCCUCUCCGACAACCCAGACGCCCAGCGGUUUUUCAGCGAGGAGGCCGCCCGGUCCGCCUGGUGUUUCAAGUCUUCCUUUGCGGGCACCGCGGUGCACCAGGGGAAGCUCUGUCUCGUGCGCGUGGAGCCCCAACUGUUUUUGAACAAGCUGGACCGCCUCUUUCUGCAGCACGACACUGCGCUGGAACCGCUGCUGGGA